AUGUUCUGUGAGAGUUGUGUCUACGAGAUCAAGAAGUUGCUGAAGCGUGGCGACUUCGAUGGAGUCAUGCGUCUUCUUCGGUGUGAGGGUGAGAGACGCCAUUCAAGUCAAUGUAUUUACCAAGGGGUGACGGAUCCAGCACCGAAAAUGUCACCUGUAGGGAUGGCUGUUAGCGCCGGGAACAUGGAGGUUGUCAGAGCGCUCAUAUCGUCCGGUUUUGAUCCUAAUGAAUGUUGUUCUGUAGACAACUUUCUCAAGAGACCUGUCCAUGUUGCUAUCUGUGCUGAGCGAGUGGAUAUUGUGAAAUCUCUUGUACAUGACUAUGGUGUGAAGUUGAACGACGAGGGGGAAGGUUCGGCGUUAUUCUGGGCUAUCGUCAGCGGUUCAUUGGAGCUGGUUGCCUAUCUGUAUGACAGGACAGAUGAUCCAUCGCUCGAACAGGCAAUAUUCACUGCUGUAGAAUUCAACAAACCGUCCAUCUGUUCGUACAUCCUGUCUCGUGGUGUAGACUUGGAGUUGAGAUGUCCGAAAGACCUCACACCGCUUGCCUAUGCAAUAUCUCUGGGCAACACUGACAUUGUUAAAAUCCUUAUUAACGCUGGGUCUGAAGUCGAAGGGGUAUUUCCCAGAGGCAAUAGUAUGAUACAUCUAGGGGUAAUGUCCGGUCAACUCGAUAUAGUGAAAUAUCUGUGCCGAAUGGGUGUGGAUGUUAACAAACAAAAUAAAUAUAGCAACACUCCGUUGCACCUGGCCGCUUUGUGUGGUUUGUACGACAUCGCCUACUACCUCGUUGUCGACAUGAACGCGUGUCUGACUAAGGUGGAAGUUGACAGAAAGACCCCGUUUGCUACAUCGUUAUCGCUGAGACAUACAGAUAUAGCUCACCUCAUUUUAGCUGCUGGGUACUUUCCGACACAGGAAGAAUUUUCAUCAGUACUGGAUGACAAAGACUUGAGCAAGAGUCUCAAAGUAGUCGUGACGAAUCCCAGAUCUCUGAAAGAAUGUGCUGUCUUUGCGGUGAAGCGUCAUUUUGGACGUGAUCUAUUCGAUAAAUGGGACCAGCUGACGCUCCCACGACCCGUGAAGGCUUUUUUUAAACUUUCACACAUAUCACAGCCCAGAGAUGUGCAUUAA